AUGCUGGAGAGUGCACAAGAUUUGUCGCUGAAGGCCUUCGUGGCUGCGCGUUGUGCCGCUCGACAGUUGGCGGCCGAAGAGAGCUCAAAGGCUGCCGUUGCAGAUCUGGAGGCGAAGGUGGCUACACUGGAGAAAGAAAAAGAAGCACUGCAAUGGCGCCUCGACAAAUCUUCCGAAGAAAAGGCGACCCUCACCACGGAGUUGCUGGCGACAGCUGACCGGGCGGUGAAGGCGGAGGAUGCAGCGAAGGCCGCGAAGUUGCUCGAAGACGCCGCCGAAAAGCAGCGGGCUCUUAUGCACAAACAUUUCCAUUCCUUCAAGGAGUCGCUUCAAGCCAAAGCCGACGCUGUUGCGGAGCCCAUCCUUGCCGAAGCUCCGACUGCUGAUGCCGAAGGUGGUGGCGACCACGCCGGCGGAGGCGCUACGCCGCCUUCUGGCGAUGAUGGUGACGAGGUAGCGGUCGGCGAUGGAGGAAAUGCCGGCGGCAGUCGUGGGGCCACCGACCGAGCCCCGGCGGUCGAAGACCAAGCCAUGGGGGGCUCUUCUCACCCUGCAGCUGGCGAGGUGUGA